CUGUGUUACGCCUCAGACCGAAACACUUGAAGCUUUGACUAAAGAAGCAACAAGCUACACUUUGAAAGAAAAAGAGGCGAAAUUGUUGUUCUAGGAAGUGAAUUGUACGAAUUAUUGUAAUAAGUGGGGGGAGUUGCCCCUCUGCUCAGUGAAAGUGCUGUGUUCGUAAAGUGCAGAGCUAAUUAUUAAGUUAUUCCUGCACUCGCCGUUUAGAGUUCGCGCUUGUUUAUUGGCGAGGGAUGGCCGAGGUGCGGCCUAGCGCCGGCGCUGGAGCCCCGGGGCUGGCGACUAUAUUUCCCCCAGGUUUACAAGCAAUUUACGGGGAGUGCAGGCGACUGUACCCCGAGCAACCUAAUCCUCUGCAAGUUACAGCCAUCGUCAAAUACUGGUUAGGAGGACCAGAUCCUCUAGAUUACAUUAGCAUGUACAGGAAUCUGGGAGAUGCAUCGCUGAAUAUUCAGGAACACUGGCAUUACAUCAGCUUUGGACUGAGCGAUCUAUAUGGAGACAACAGAGUGCAUGAAUACACAGGUCAAGAUACACCCAGUGGAUUUGGUUUUGAACUGACAUUUAGACUUAAACGAGAAGCAGGGGAGACUGCACCACCUACAUGGCCAGCGGAAUUAAUGCAAGGACUAGCAAGAUACGUCUUUCAGUCAGAAAACACUUUUUGCAGUGGUGAUCAUGUUUCAUGGCACAUUCCUUUAGAUAACAGUGAGUCUCGUAUCCAGCACAUGCUCCUGACAGAAGAUCCUCAGUUGCAGCCAGUACAUACCCCUUUUGGUAUAGUCAACUUUUUACAGAUUGUUGGUGUUUGCACUGAAGAGCUCCAAGCUGCUCAACAAUGGAAUGGCCAAGGCAUUUUAGAUUUGUUGCGCACUGUUGACGUUGCGGGAGGUCCUUGGCUGAUUACAGAUAUGAGAAGAGGAGAAACUAUUUUUGAAAUUGAUCCUCAUUUGCAACAGGACAGAGUAGAUAAGGGAAUAGAGACUGAAGGCUCUAAUCUGAGUGGUGUCAGUGCAAAGUGUGCCUGGACUGAUCUUAGCAGGCCGCCUGAAGAUGAAGAUGACAGCCGGAGUAUAUGUAUUGGUGCGCAACCUCGACGCCUAUCAAACAAAGAUACUGAACAGAUAAGAGAAGCCCUGCGGAGAGGACUGGAGAUCAAUAAUAAGUCAGUUUUACCUCCAAUCAGUGGACAGAGGCAGAAUCAUGACCGACCUCAGAGUCGUAAAGGCAGUUUGGAAAGUGAAAGUUCUGCAGCAAUCAUUCCUCAUGAGCUUGUCCGCACAAGGCAAAUAGAAAAUGUUCACCUAAAAUUCAACCAAGAGUCUGGUACUCUUAUUCCACUUUGCCUAAGGGGACGGCUCCUCCAUGGUAGACACUUCACCUUCAAAAGUAUUACUGGGGAUACAGCAAUUACAUUUGUUUCAAUGGGGGUGGAAGGUUCCUUUGCUACUGAAGAGCAUCCCUAUGCUGCUCAUGGCCCUUGGCUCCAGAUACUGCUAACUGAGGAGUUUGUAGAAAGAAUGCUUGAAGAUCUUGAUGACCUGACCACACAUGAAGAUGAUAAGAUCCCAAAGGAGUUUAGCUGGCCAGAAAAAAAGCUGAAAAUCUCCAUCCUUCCAGACUCUGUUUUUGACAGUCCCCUGCAGUAACAAAGGAGAGACCAUGCAAUGUGCCAAAAGUCGUCACUAUGUAUACUCUAGCUGAACUGAACUACAAGUAAAAAUACAUAAACAAAUGAACUAGUAAGAACCACUUUGAGAAAAAAAAAUGUAUAAAAGCUAUUCUGGUUUGCAGGUCAGAUCUUUGUAUCUGUGUAAUGGAUUUUACGUUUCCUGAUAUUUUUUGUGUCGGAUUGAAUAUACUGUUUUGAAAAGGAUAACAAAUCUAAGUACUCUGUCUCAAUGGCCAUCUGUGUUUUUGUUAACUUGCACAUUAUUCGUUUUCUUAAAACACACUGAAGAUUAAUAAUGUAUCUCUAUUACAACUUUAAAUAAUAAGUUAACAUUCUGUUCCCACUAUUUGUAUUUUUUUCAGUUGUUUUUAAUUGAUGCUUUUGAUCAGGCCAAAGACCUUGUAUUGGCAGAUAAGUUAUUCUAUAUUUGAAUUUAUUUAGGUUUUUUUUUUUUUUUUCCCAGAUUGGCUCUUCAAGACUUUAGUGCUUUUAAUAAUAAUUUAUUUUCCUGUUUGAUAAUGUUGUGUACAGUAUAUCCGUAUAUAGAAAACAAGUUUGUAAUUUUAUGUUGCCCUGUCUUUACUCAUAUAUCCAGCAAUAAAACUGACUUAUUGUUGAAUAAUACUAUAACUGCUGUUACAAGUAAGUGUCAUAUAUACUAAGUAUAUGCAUAUGCUCACAUUUGAAGGGAUCUGCGUUUCAUGCCAAGUAUAGUACAUAUUUUACACUAUGUUUAAAAACAUCUCUUCUGUUCCUUUUUUAUAAUUGUCUGUGUUAUGUAUGUUUUUUUUCUUUUCUUCCCCUCUUUCUUAAAACGUAUUAAUAGAGCAUGGAAGGAAGAGGUCCCUGCUUAAAUUAGUUGUAUUUCUUCUUUUUGGCAUUAAUAAAUGUAUUUUUUUCUGUGUAGCAUUUCAUAUUAACAAAACAACCCAACCUGCACCUGCUGUAGAUAUUUAUUAUCUUAUUGCAUUAGAAUAAUGAGUAUUGUGUGCAUUUCUAAAGGCAUUCUUUACUCAUUUUAAAGCUGUUCUAAAUCCCUGUCCACCACAAUGCUUUUAGUCACCCGUUUUGACACUUAAGUUCCCUUACUGUUACCUGCUUUUUCCAGGAAACUACCUCAUGUUUCUGGGAAGAAGGCAGGACAGGAGGCUGUACUGGAAAGAACUAUCUAUUAUGUACACAGUCACUAAAAAUGAAACUUAUUAGUUAACAAUAUAAAUAUUGACAAUAAAGCCAUACAUGACAGUACAUUUAAGACAAUAAAAAGUAUAGUUAAAAUAUUGCUACUAUUGGUUUUGUAUUUGGUAGUUAAUUUCACAGCAUGAUUUUUUUUUUUUUUAAUAUGUAUCUUCUUGGAGGAGUAGUUAUUGUUUGGUAAGAACAUCUCAGGUCACUCUAGAAGUAACAGUUUACAGAUAAGUAAAGACAGCAGUAAAAAUGACUGCAUUAAUAAUUUUUCUCACUGUUCUCAAAGUUUAAAGAUUACUUUUUAAUAGCAUCUAAGCAGCAACAGAUUUAAGGUAUGCUGCCCAAUUCCAUCUGUCAUUUUUCUAAUUAUUCUCAGACUUGUUCAUUGUCUCUUACACAUCAGGGUUUUUUUUUUUUUUACAUAAAAUGAUAUAGCGGGUUGGACAAUGACUGACUGCCUGAAAUAUAAUGAUAUUCUAACUUGAGUUGUCUCCAAAUGAAUGUUGAUGAUGUUUGUACAUGUGGAAUUGAGGGGAUUUCCUCCUUUGAAAUAAAUUUAAUUAGUGCAUAUUGUAGAAACAGCAUAUUAUGUCAGUUAUGUUUUCAGACUGAAUUGUACAGUGGCAUGCAAAUGUUUUGGCACCUUUGCUUAAAAUGUUUGUUACUAAGAGUAAUUAAGUGAAAAGGAGAUGAACUGAUCACCAAAAAGCAUAAAUUUAUAGAUGACGCAUUUCUUUAAUAUUUUAAGAAAGAUUACAUUUUUAUUUCUGUCAUUCACAGGUACAAAAUACCAACAAAAUGAAAAGUUUGGUCACCUAAUAUUGUCAGUACUUAGUAGCACCCCUUUUGUAGGCAUCAGAGCUUGUAAACGCUUUUUGUAGCCAGCUAAGUCUUUCAGCUCUUACUUGGGGUAUUUUCACCCAUUCAUCCUUGCAAAUGGCUUUUAACUGUGCAAGAUUCUUGGGCCAUAUUGAAUGCACUGCUCUUUUGACAUCUAUCCACAGAUUUUCAGUGAUGUUUAUGUCAGGGGAAUGUAAGAGGCAUGGCAAAACGAACAGCUUGUACCACUUGAGGUAUUCCAUUGUAGAUUUUGAGGUAUGUUUCAGAUCAUCUUGUUGUAGGGCCCAUCCUCUUUUUAACUUUUUUACAGAUGGUGUGAUGUUUGUUUUCUUCCAGAAUUUGCUGGUAUUUAAUUAAUUCUUCCCUCUACACAUGACAUGUUCACUGUACCACUGGCUCCAACAUAAGCCCAAAGUGUGAUUGAUCCACCCCCAUGUUUAAUAGUUGGAGAGGUGUUAUUUUCCUGGAAUUCUGCAUCCUUUUUUUUUCUCUCCAAGUUUGCCAUUGCAGAUUAUUGCUGACAAGUUCAAUUUUGACUUCAUCAGGACUUGUUUCCAAAAUGCAUCAUGCUUGUUUAGAUGUUAAUUUGUAAAUUUCAUGUGCAGAAUUUUGUGGCUAGAAUGCAGCAAAGGUUUUCUUCUGCUGAGUCUACCUUGAAGGUCAUAUUUGUUCAGGCAUCUGCACAGUAGAACGAUGCACCACCACUCCAGAGUCUGAUAAAUCUUCCUGAAGGUCUUUUGCAGUCAAAUGGGUGGAUUUUAUUAGCUUUUCUAGCAAUCCAAUGAGCAGUUCUUUUAGAAGGUGUUCUUGGUCUUCCCUGACCUCAGCUUGACCUCUACAAUUCCUGUUAACUGACAUACCAGGAUGAACUGAAGAAACAUCUACCUGAAAACACUUGCUGUCUUCUUGUAGCCUUCUCCUGUUUUGUGAGCAUCAAGUGCUAGGCAGUUGUUUAGAGGAACCCAUAGCUACUGAUUGUUGGGACAAGGUUUCAGGUGUCAGAAUUUAUACAGCAAUGCAUUUUGCAUCACCUCGUAUUUCCUAAGAAUGGCUGUGAAGAAGCCAUAGCCCCAAGUAGCAAGUGAAGGUUUAAGACCUCAAAUACCUUGCGGUACCCAAAUGUUUUCAUGAUGCUCCUUUUUUUUUUUUUUCAAUGUACAAUUGUACAAUACACUAAUCUUGCAUAAAAUGCUGAAAAGAAAUGUCAUCUUUAUACCUUUUGGUGAUCUGUUCAUCUUCUGCUCACUUAACUAUUCACAAUAACAGACAUGUAACCAAAUCAUGAGAUGUACUUUUUUUUUUUAUUCGAGUGAAAAGAGAGAUGAAACUGUUAGUUGCAAUACCAUAUAUUUAAGUAUUGUAUAAUAUGGGCUGGAGCAGUUUCCAGGUAGCAUGCCUGCCUUGUGCCCAGUGAUUGUUGGCAUAGGCUCCAGCUGCCCCACGACCCUGCCCUGGAUGAACAAGUUAAAAAAACAGAUGAUGAAUGUCAUAAAUAUUCCCAGUAUGCUCAGUACUCAUUACAAUUACAAAUCUGGUAGAAGGGUGACUACAAUAUAUUGGAUCUCCCUUUUGUGUGACACUUGGAUGCUAAAGCCCAAAGAACCUUGAAAAGCAGUAGUAGUUGUGCCCAUACAUAAUGCUUUUAUAAACUCAAAUCAUGGAAGCCAUGUCUUCAUUGCUGUCUAGUGCGGACAUUAUUAAAUUGUUUCAUUUUGAAAAUGAUCUUCAACUAUAACCAGGAUUAAUUGAUACAUUUAACUUAAAAUAAUUUUAUCGUGGAAAAAAUGAGAAAAUGCUGCAUUCAUUGAACACAGAUAAUUUGGAAAUAUAAAUUUGUAAGCCUUUAAUCAGGGAUUAUUUAACAAGUAAGAGAAGAAAUAAUUUAGUUCAGAUAAUCAUAAACAUACCGAUAUAUAAAUUAGAACACUAAAAUUAAGCUAGUUGUGGUUUACAUUUUAUAGCAGUAUUUUGAACAUUCCAGAAGUUUGUCUAAUAUGGAAAAUUAAAUAUAAAAAACGUAUGUCAAUUUGAGCUGCUAAUCAGCAUGUUCAAGAUUAAUCUGAAAUUAAGAAUUUUGAAAAAGUAGUCUUCAGUUUGUUGUGUUGCCUAGGCUGAAUAUAGACAGGUAACCUGUGUCUUAAUGUGGGUACAUGCAUAUUGACUUUUGUAGGAACAUGUUGGUUCACUUCUGACUGGCACAUAAACUGACCCUCUCAACUUGUGCCUUAAAAAUUUGGGCAUACUUUUUAUGUAAGAGUUUAUAUGGCUGUUGUUUUAAUAAAAAAUCUGUAUAUAACAUUUUACCUUUCAUGUGCUCUUUAAACAUUUUAGUGAAGAAUUCAUAUUAAAUUAAUUGUGAAGUUUGAGAAUUCUUUUAAGUGUGCAGUGUUAAGGAAAUGGUAUUCCAUUUCUUCAGUUGUUUGUUUGACCCACUUAUUUAUAAUAAAAUUGCCUUUUGUUGUAGUUUAUAAUUUUAAGCUGUAUUAGGUCAAAUUUGGAAGUCAGAUAUU